UUUUGUUUCGUCAUCGCGGUCACGUUGCCGCUGCGCCAGGCGGGGUUAAAUAGCAGAUGUGCGCCUCACACGGCAGAUUAGCCCGACUCAACGCUCCUCAUUAGACGCCCGACCUUGCUCGUUGCCGCCGGAUCUUUUUUUGUCUUUAUUAAUAUCAUUUUGAUUUUCAGGCAAACCGGUUGUGUGCUAUUUUUUUUUCCUUCCUUUUUCUUUUUUGCGGGGUGUAUUGUAAUCGUCGCGCUUCCCACUUAUCCCGUGCGGCUUUUCCAAGUCCUCAAGGAAUGCCCAGAGAGCUGACCCAGAACAGGAUCCAAAAGAUCUGGGUUCCUACCAAGGAUGAUAAGCCGGCACCCCGUCGAGCGGGCGGCACGCCCCACAUCGCCAACCCCCCCACCGUCAUCGUGAUGGUGGGCCUGCCGGCUCGGGGCAAGACGUACAUGUCCAGAAAACUCACGCGCUACCUCAACUGGAUUGGGAUGCCCACCAAAGUCUUCAACGUGGGGGAGUACCGCAGGGAGGCGGUCAAGAACUACAGCUCCUAUGAUUUCUUCAAGUCUGAUAAUGAGUGUGCUGUCAAAAUCAGGGAACAAUGUGCCUUAGCAGCCUUGAGGGAUGUCAAGUUGUACUUACAGGACGAGGGAGGCCAAGUAGCGGUCUUCGACGCGACGAACACAACUAGGGACAGACGCGAGCUGAUCCUCCAGUUUGGCCGCGAGAACAGCUUCAGGACCUUUUUCAUCGAGUCAGUCUGUGACGACCCGAGCGUCAUUGCGUCAAAUAUCAUGGAAGUGAAGGUGUCCUGUCCAGAUUACAAAGACUGCAACAAAACGGACGCCAUGCUGGAUUUCCAAAGGCGGAUCGAAUGUUACAAAGCCAGCUACCAACCUCUGGACCCCGAUCAGCACGACAGGGACCUGUCCUUCAUCAAGGUGAUAGACGUGGGCCGGCGCUUCCUGGUCAACCGCAUCCAGGAUCACACGCAGAGCAAGAUCGUCUACUACCUGAUGAACAUCCACGUCCAGCCGCGCACUAUCUACCUGUGUCGACACGGAGAGAGUACAGACAACCUGGAGGGGCGGCUGGGGGGCGACGCCGGCCUCUCGCCGAGGGGCAGGCAGUUUUCCACCGCUUUGGCUGGAUUUGUAGGGGAGCAACAGCUGAAGGAUCUGAAGGUCUGGACCAGCCAGUUGUGCUGCAGCAUCGAAACAGCCGAGCACUUAGGGGUCCCGUACGAGCAGUGGAAGGCCCUCAACGAAAUCGACGCAGGCGUGUGUGAGGAGAUGACGUACGACGAGAUUAAAGAGAAAUUCCCUGAGGAGUUCGCACUGAGGGAUGAGGACAAAUACUACUACCGCUACCCCGCUGGAGAGUCCUACCAGGACCUGGUCCAGAGGGUGGAGCCGGUCAUCAUGGAGCUGGAGAGGCAGGAGAAUGUGCUGGUCAUCUGCCACCAGGCCGUCAUGCGCUGCCUCCUGGCGUACUUCCUGGAUAAAAGCGCAGACGAGAUGCCCUACCUGAAGUGUCCCCUCCACACCGUGCUGAAGCUCACCCCCGUUGCCUACGGAUGCAAGGUCGAGUCCAUCUCUUUGAACGUGGACGCGGUGAACACUCACAGAGACAGACCAGAGGAGGUGAAGAGGGGUCCCGGCAGCUUGAUCCGGAGGAACAGCGUGACUCCUCUGACCAGCCCCGAGACAAACAUCAAGAAACCUCGCAUCGACGAUCUGGACGAGGCUCCCAUCCAGGAGCUGCCGCGCUCGGUGGCUUCGUUGGCCCUCUGCAGCCCGUCGCACCUCCCACUGACGCUGGCCGGCCAGCACUGGCUGGGCAAAGUUUGCCUAACCUGAGACGGCACUCGUGACCGAUCCAGUCAGACUGCAGCAAAGACGCCGCAUCGGGGACACAAUGAAAGUUCUUCGACAAAAAGCCUUUUCAAAUUAAAAGAAUGAUUUUUUUUUUUUAAAUCCCUCUCAUAUUGGUGUACCUUAAAUAUUCCAAAACGUGAGGAGGGCUUAUUUUCAUUUCUAUUCCCCCCCCCGUUUUCAAUCCAAAGAUGUCAUUUCCGAGCAAAAAUCAUCUUCACUUUCAUGCCUUCCUUCAAAUAUUUCUACUUGGACGAAUGAAUUUGUUAUUUAAACGUUUAUUAUUACUUAAGUUCACAAUGGGGACUUCCACAGAAAUGUAUUUAUUUUACACUGGAUGUUUUUUUUUUGUUUUUUUUCCACGUUGUGUGUCGAGGUGGAGCCAAAUGAUUUAAUUGACUAUGAUUUCGCACGUUUGAGAAGCGUUUGAAUCGUAAUAAUUUGUGUCAGUGUCUUUGAAUGUGCUUCAUGACAAGCUGCUUGACUUUAACGGAGGGCGUUCUUGCCGUAGAGUGCCUGUAGCGCUUGUUUUGCAAGCCUAUUUUGUCCCAUUAUGUUUUCACAUGGCACCCGAGUGACAUCACAUAUCAUUCAGAUGAGUAAUAUUUCUCAGUGUUUAAUUGGCUGGGUUGCUACUAAACACGCAGAAUUAAACAGUGUUGGUUUUUUAUUUUCUUUGCUGUCGCCGUCGGCUGCGCACAAACGUAAGCACCUCUAUUUUUCUUAUGACAAAGCGUGCUGUUAAUAAUAGAACCUGUAAAUACGAGUGUAUGUACGGCGAACGCGGAGAUGGACAGAAGACGACAAACUUUCUUAAAACGAGUCUUGGAUGAAAAUGUGUAUUUGUGUGUGUUUUUGUACCAAUGUGGCGUGGGGACUCAAAAAGCAAGCAGGGUUUGUUUAUAGAAAGAAAAUGCUUCUCACAACUUUUGUCGCCAUGUCAGUUUGAUAUACUUGAAGUAUGAUUUUUUUUUUUUGUAACUGUUUAUUAUGUUCUUUAUUUAUUUGUGUGUAGGUUUUUGACACAAUGAGAGGGGUUACUAUGCAGGUUACAGUAUGUUCUACUUGAUUUUGCAUCUGCUGGACCAAUAAAAC